GAUCGUUUCCAUAGUUCCAAACAACAUCCUGCUGAUGUGAAACCUCUCCCUGCCAGCCUACACUGAUUCCUACACCCAGCCGGAUCUGAGGUGCUGACGUGUCGGCUCCUCCAGCCCAGUCCCCCAGCUCCAGCAGCUGAAACCGACACCGUCCACAGAAACUGCCAGCAUGGCAGCAAAACACUUUUACCGACAAGGAUUUUUACUACUUUUAUUCAAUUUCAUUUCCACCGCUGCGUUAGAGAAAAGGUUCUCCGACCUUAAGAGAUGCGCAGACGAGGAAUGCAGCAUGUUACUGUGUCGGGGGAAAGCAGUAACAGAUUUCACUGGACCAGAUUGUCGGUUCCUGUCAUUUAAAAAAUCAGAAACUAUAUAUGUUUACUACAAAUUGGCAGGUAGAAGAACUGACAUGUGGGCUGGAAGUGUUGGAAGUAGCUUUGGAUAUUUUCCAAACUAUCUGAUUGCUGUUAAUCAUCAUUACACAGACAAAGAAAUUGAAGUUCCCUCAGAGGAAACAGAUUUUGUCUGUUUUGACACUGGUUUUGACAAGUUCGACAAUUAUAAUGUAGAUAUACUCUUAGGCUCGUUAGUGGGGGAGAAUGACGGUCAAAUCAGUGGGACACCUGAAGUAACUCAAGUGGUGGACGAUAUUAACAAAGAAACACAAUCACUGGAAGAAGAGACUGAGACUAAAAAGCAAAGUGAGCAUCAGGAAUCCUCACAGGAGGAGAAUAAAGUCUCAGUCGAUCAGGAUGCUUUGUCACCUGAGCCUGAAGAGGUAAACCAGUUGCCUUCUGUAGAAGAAGCUUCAGCUACAUCUGAAUAUACUGAAAAAGAUGAAGAACACUCAGCAGAGAUGGUUCAUGAAAAAGUUCUCUCAGAGACAAGUGACACCAAAGAAACAUCCACCCAUCCAGAGGUGGAGUCUGUGCCUGAAAAUAAUUUUCCACCAGUUUCUGAGGGGAAAAAAAUCCCUAAGUUAAAAACUACUUUUGGAACAACUUUUGAUGCAGUGAUUUCUGAUGAAAAGAUUACUACAAAAGUUACAACCUAUGAGGAUGAAGAGGAGAGCACGGGUGAGGAAAGUCAGCCUGCAGACAGUGUUGGUGUAGUAGAAGAAACUCCGUUACUGUCGUUCUCUGAAGAAACAGCUAACACUCCUGAGAUUGAGAUAGAGUCUGUUACCAAGGAACAGAUUCCUCCAGAAAUCGAGUCAGUUUCAGUCUCUGAAGGAGCACAAAUCCCUGAGUUAAAAACCACAUUCGGAUCGACCUUUGAUGCUGUCAUUAGUGAUGAAGAUAUCACAACAAAAGUCACUCCUUAUGAGGAUGAGGUGGAGGACAUCAGUGAGAAAAGUCCACCUGCAGACGAUGAUGAUGUUCCAAGGGAUACUCCACUACUGUCCUUCUUGGAGGAGACGACACAGAUCCCAGAAUUUGAAGUAGAGUCUGGUACCGAUGAUGAUUUUCCAACAGUAGUUGAGACAGUCUCAGUCUCCGAGGGAACACAAGUCCCUGAGUUAAAAACCACAUUCGGAUCAACCUUUGACGCGGUCACCACUAAUGAAGAUAUCACAACAAAAGUCACCACAUAUGAGGAUGAGGAGGUGAGCACGAGUGAGGAAAGUCCACCUGCAGACGAUGAUGAUGUUCCAAGGGAUACUCCACUACUGUCCUUCUCGGAAGAGACGACACAGAUCCCAGAAUUGGAAGUAGAGUCUGGUACCGAUGAUGAUUUUCCAACAGAAAUCGUGACAGAUUCAGUCUCUGAAGGAACACAAAUCCCCAAAUUAAAGACCACAUUCGGAACGACCUUUGACGCAGUCACCACUAAUGAAGAUUUCACAACAAAAGUCACUCCAUAUGAGGAAGAGGAGGAAGACAAAGAUUUGAUAAAAGACCGUGAAGACCAUGUUGAUGUUAUAAGAGACACUCCUCUACUGUCCUUCUCUGAAGACACAGUGGACAGUUCAGUGCCUGAUUCACUCACACAGCAAGAAGCUCCUCCUGUGGAACAGGAAGAGAAAGAACCAGCUGCACAGGUGAAGAGCAUGUGGACAACAUUGGGUGAUGCUGUUUUUUCAGUGGUCACCGGAGGAGAGACCACACCAGAUACUAGUUCAGAGGAAGAUGAGGACGACGACGAAGAAGAAGAAGCAGCAGCAGCUCAGGAAAUCCCUGAAGUGGUGGAGGAAGUAAGAAAAGAUGUAGAGGAAGAAGAGCCUGAAAUCAUUGAGCACAUUCACUCCUCUGGUUCUGUCUCAGUACAACAAGAUGAGUUAGAAACAGAACCAGAUAUUGGAACAACAGAUGAACCGUUCCAGCACAAGUUAGAGAAAGAGGAGUUGUCUAAUGAUUUAGACCAUGUUGUUGAAGACAUCCAGACCGAUCAUACCUUAGACAGUAGUGAAGCUGAAGCACAGCAGGACAUGGGUACUAAAGAUGAAGACAGUCAACCAGGCUUACCUGAUGUAGAACCAGAGUUUCGUGAGGAUCCACCUACAGAAGAGGAGGAACAUGAGAAAGAGCCAGAACUACAGGAAGAGAAUGUGGAGGAGAAAGAGGAACUACUUGAAGAUGAAAAUGCAAUUUUUUCAGACGACACAGAGCAUCACAUUCCAUCGAAUGAAAAUGAAACUGUGACCCCUGAAUUAGCCUCAGAGCCAGAAUACAGUGAUAGUGUAAAGAGGCUCACGCUGCUGCGAAGUCACUUCACAGAGGAGGCAAUGAAGAGAGUCCAAAAGCAUCUGGGUCUGAAAAACCUCUACAAAGUGGAGGCCAUGUACGUCGACCUGGAGAUGGAGCUGCAGCUGACUCGUCACUCACACAAAAGCACAAUGCAUGAGAUCGAAAGUUCUCUGGAGGCCAUCCUGGAAGCCUCUGAAAAUAGUAUCUUGGACCAGGUUGAAAACAUGUUGGACAAUAAUAACAAACAACGGGGUCAUGACCUGCAGCUGGACAUGAGCAGUUUGGACGAGGAGACACAAAUUCUGGACGACUUCCAGGAGCUUGCAUUCAGUCUUCGGCAGAAGUAUUCAACAGCCAGUGACAGCACACCUUUGGCCACAGAAAAUGUUAACGAUCAAGGUCAACCUGAGCUAAUCACUAAAGAAGAUUUGCACUACUCUGAUGAAGAAGACAAGCUUGUUGUAGUGCCUGAGUCUGAGGGUGAAGAUAACCUGACAGUAGCCCAUCAUGAGGAGAAUCCAACGGAGGAGCAGAGAGUGCACUCUGUACCUGAUGUUAGUGUAGAGGAGGACGGUGGACGUUUUAAUAAAAACAAGGAAAAUCAACUGUCAGACGACAUACAGAAGGUCCCACAGCCGGCUCUGGACAAUCCUUUGGAAAUGGGUCUUGGUGUGGAGGUGGAGCACUCGCACUCAGGGCCUUUGGACUCAGUGGAACCAGUGUCUGAAAUUAAUGAAGUCGAAGAAGGAUUAAUCCCAGCUGGACUUGUUGACUUAGGCAGCCUCCUUUCCUCCAGUAAAAUUGAAGAGUGGACCGUAGUGAUGAUUUCACUUCUUCCAGAGGAAUGGAAACCAGGAGAAACCUUGUACGGCUGUCCGUGGCAGGCUGUGGUCGUCACUGCGUUAAUCGGAGUCAUGACCUUCGCCUUAUUCUUAUGGAAGACUGUGUUGGCUGUGAAGAAGAAAGAAUACCUUGUGGAUGAAAAAAAGCUCACUGAGCAAAUCCAAGCCCUCAAACAGGAGAAGAAUAAAGCCCUCGCAAAGAUUUCUGAACUCCAGAAGCAGACGGAGAAACUGAAGGAAAACCAAAAGCAGUCAAAGGAUACAGUGAGCACUACAGUAAAAAAGAUCCAAAAUCUGGAGAAUAAAGUUUCAGACACUCAGUCGCUCAACGAGCGGAUCACUAACGAAAAGAACACAAUAGCAAAGCUCCUGGAGGAGGAGCGGGCGAGCUCCAUGCAAUAUGAAGCCAGGAUAGAGAAACUGGAGAAGGCACAUGACAAACUUCAGCUCAGCAAGAAGAAAAUUCAGGAUGUGCUCGCCAAGACAACUGCUCUCCUGGAUGAAGCCAAGCUCCGAGAAGAUGCUCGAAAUGUUCAGCACAAAUGCCUUGAGAAAGAAUAUACAGCACUGAAAGAACAGAACAGGACGCACAAAAGCACAAUAAAGGGCUGGGAGGACAAACACAAAGAAUUGAGUGAGCAGAUUAAAACGUACCAAAAGUCUGAGAAAGAGCUGCAGGAUUCUCUGGAGGUCAAAGAUCACACCAUCGAGGUGCUGUCUGAACUUCUGGCAGACUUGGACACUUGUGAUCUACCUAAAGGAGAAAAACUUGUAGCGAAUGGAGAAAUUCUACCAGAUAAAAAGGCAGCAAUAAAGAACAGGAUUAAAGAGAUGAUGGACGUUUCCAGGGUCCAAACCACACUCACCGUUGUUGAAGAGCAGCGUGAUCGCUUCAUGAGCAAGCUGUUAAGUGAAGAAAAGGCCAGAAAGGUUUUGGAAGAACAACACCAGGAGCUGGAACACGCCAUUGGAACUAUAAAAAGCGAGAAGAGCUACAUUGAAAACCAGUUGAAGGUCCUGCAGCAGAAGAAUGAAAUCAUGGUGGAAAUGUACCAACAGAAGGAGAACGCACUGCAGCAGAAAUUAACAAAGGAGGAGCUGGAGCGCCGCAGCAAAGAGACUCUGCUGUCAGAGGUGGGAGGAAAAGCUGUGGAGGCAGAGGAGCAGGUUAAACUUCUACGACAGCGCAUCAGUGAAAUGGAGGAGCAGAUGAAGAAGACGGAGGAGGUCUACAAGGAGCAGAUAAAAGAACAGGAAAACAAAACUCAUUCAAACUGGGUGAACGCUCGUAACGCAGAGAGAGCUCUGAACCAAGAAAAGGUUGAGUCGUCUAAGCUGCGUGACAAGUUGGCUUUGAUGAACUCACAGCUGAAUGAGCGUCGGGCUUCUCUGUUCAGGCCAAACUCUGGACAGCCUGCAGGUCCUCGUCAAGGUGAUUCAUACGCGCCCUCUCCUGUCAGCGGGGGGCAACCUUCCCCACCACCAAUGAUCGAGGGCCCCAGACGCCCUCCCUCCGCCCCUGUUGGGCGAAGAAUUGACCCGUUUGGCCCUCGACCACCAUCGGACCCACACGGUCGCUUCGCUGACAACAAACACAUUUCUGGGAUUGACAUGAUGGGUCCACGCAGCUCAUCACCUGCCAACAUGGACGUUUCUACACAGGAAGUAGAUCCGCAGGUAAAGGCGGAGGCUCAGGCUGAGGUCUCCACUGAGAGUCCAGAGCCAGUGACUACAGAGGGACCAGGUUCAUUUUUGGCGUCUCCAAUCAGAGACUCACCUGGCCCCAUGGUCAAGGGACCUCCACCUGGACCUGGACCCCACGAUCCACCACUCCCUCCUGGACCACAUGGCCGUCUACCGCCACCAAGACCUUAUGGACCUCCGCGACCCGGCCCCUACCACCACCCACCUGGCCCUCUCCCACCGAACCUACCUCAUCCUGUUCACGGAGCUCCACCGCCACCUGGUGGUCAUCCAGGCCUGCCUCUACGUGGGCCAAUGGGAGGCGAGUUUGGGCCUCGACCUAUUAAUGGACAUGUGUACCCCCCCAGACCACCACUUAUGCGUCCUCCUCUGCCACACCCCUACAGACCCAUGUCUCCACCACAGAGUCACCGCGGGCCCAUCGGACCACGACCUCCCAUGCAUCCUGACAUGCGCUUCCCAGGAUCACGUGACCACAGCAGACUCCCAUUGGACCUCCCCCAUCCUCACCAUCCUGAUGACAUUUACAGACAUGCCCUUCCACCCAGCAUCCACCAGAACUCUGUGGCUCCUCACAGCCUCCCGGGUCAGGACCCAACUGUGCAGCAGGCGGCUCCUCAGGACUCAGCAGGACCAGCAGUGGUCAAGCCUUAAAAAGACAGCCAGCAGCCACAGCAGCCACAGCAGCCACAGGCAGAUCGGGUCUUCCUGAAGGAAACCAGGUCCAGUCCAAACCAAGGUCAUGAUUAUUUACUUAUUUCAUUUAUGGAAUAAAAAACACUCAAAAAAAUAAUGAAAAAAAUUGUUUAGCAAAAACAUGGUCCUGAAAUAAGAACGUUAUGAAUGACAUCAUAAAAAUGGACAAUUACCACUUUUUUUAUUGUGCAAUAACAGUUUAUCACAUACCAGAACGUUUUCAAUUGUUGAUAAUUUAAAUAAAUCUUCAUAUCAGUGUUUUUUUAAUGCGGCAAUUUAGUUUUUAGUGUCAUUUCCUGUGGAAAUCAUUUUUUUGAAUGAAAAAAAAAAGCAGAUCCAGCUUCUACCAUUUCAGGAAUAUCAUAUCAUAAUAUCAUGUUUUCUCCCAAAUCUGAUGCUUCAGAACAAACAAAAAAAUCAAAUAAAAUGGCCAGAUGUAUAACUUAUUUUACAAUGUUGCUAGAACUUUUAUUAAUAAAGACAAAAAACAUGUA